AUGGGUCAACCAGCUUGGGCGACAAAGGAACAAGUCGUAUGGUUAGAGUCAAGACUGUCCUCGUUCCUCGCUACUACAAACGCAAAGGCACACCAGAUCUUCUGGAAGGACACUUACAAAGAGUGGUUCGCCACCUAUCCGCUCACUCCUUGUACCGAAGCCAAGCCGGUAGACGCCCAUAUUAGCGCUGAGGACAUUGACUCGAAUGAUAGAAAGAAGAAAGAGAAGGGUCACAAAAACUUCUCGACCUUGCUGGCAAACACAAGGGCCAGCUUCCUGCCAUGGCAAGCAUACUCUUGCCUCUAUUACAAAGGAGAAUUCAAGACGGAGAUGGAGAAGGAAUAUGGCGCUUACGUGCAAGCUUUUGUUCCGACCAUCGAGAGGGAUAGUCCAACAAGGUUCCUUGAGUGGCAGAAAAAUCAUUUCAAUGAGCUUCUUCGAGAGGCGACACCAGAGGUCAAAGCAGAGGUCGAGCAGUUCAGAAAACAGUCACUGGUCAACGAGCAUGAAGCUGCUGAUGGAGAGCACGAUAGUGAAUGCCUUUCUGGUAUCCAAGGCGCAAUGGACUCCUUGCUCAAGACACUUGAUGCAGCUGCUAACCAAAUAUAUAUGAAGACUGGUUGCGCGGUUGCCAUCCUCAUCGGAGGUCCUCAGCCACGUCUAGGCGGCCAGAUCACAAGUUGGUUGUAUUUGUUCGGUGCUGAUCAGCAAUACCUUCAGCGUGCAUCGUGGUAA